ACACCAGCUGAGGCAUACUUUGUAAAUUGGCGGUAGUUCGGCAGUUUGACUUACUACACAGAAGACCCUGUACAACGUUGUAAGGAGAGGACUCCAGUUUUUGACUUCCAGUUCGUACUGCAGCCCAGAGCAAAGAUGCCCAGCACACGCUCUCAGAGACAGCCAACCCUGCAGUUCCCCCGCCGCAAAUCCUCCAGGGCCGUCUCCAGCUCCAAGACCACCACAGAACCCGAGUCGGAGGCCCCCCCUACAUCAGCAGCCGUCCAGGCCCAGAAUACCCCCCUCUCCCCCAGGCAUGUUGCCCUUAAGAGUGCCCCUCUGUCCCCCAGACUGCCCCUGAGCCCACGGAAACGCAUGGGUGAUGAGAAUGGGUGCAACACCCCUCUGUCUCUGCUGGGGUCUCCCCCAAAGCAGAGCCGAGUGGCCCUGACGUCCCCCCACAAAUCGGUGCUGUCCCCCCACAAACUGACGCUCUCCCCCUACAAGACGAAGACGGGCUCCCCCCGUAAGCUCUCCUUCGACGAGAACACCCCGGUCUUCUCUCCCCCGCCUCCCUCCAAACAGGUGAACUUCCCCCUCUCCCCCCGCUCCUGCCCAUCCCCCAGGCGACAGGAGACCCCCUGCAAGAGCCCUCGCGCCCAGCCCGCGGGGAAGGCUGUGAGCACCCGCCUCUUCUCCGAACAGAAGUCCCAGUACCAGAGUGUGAAGCGGGCACUCCACACGGCCGUGCCCGAGCGUCUGCUCUCUCGCGAGGCCGAGCGCGCCUCCAUCGUCUCCUUCCUGGAGUCCCAUGUGGUGCCCGGUCGCCCGUCCAGCCUCUACAUCUCUGGCGCCCCCGGCACGGGCAAGACGGCAUGCCUCAACUGUGUGCUCCAGGAGAGAGAGGAUCUGCUGAAGGACGCGCAGAAGGUGGUGAUCAACUGCAUGACGUUGCGCAGCUCCCACUCCAUCUUCCCGCUGCUGGCCGACAGGCUGGGCUCCGCGCGCGGCCACAACGAGGGACGCCUGGAGAAGCUCCUCACCAGCGCCGGACCCACUGUCCUGUUGGUUCUGGAUGAGAUGGACCAGCUGGACAGCAAGAGCCAGGAUGUUCUCUAUACCAUCUUUGAGUGGCCGUACCUCCCCAAAUCUCGCCUGUGUCUCAUCGGCAUUGCCAACGCUCUGGACCUGACUGACCGCAUCCUGCCCCGGCUCCAGGCCAAGCCGCACUGCCGGCCGCAGUUGCUGCACUUCCCCCCCUACAGCAGGCAGGAGCUCACCGCCAUCGUCCAGGACCGCCUCGCACAGGCGGGUGGAGAUGGCGUCCUAGAUGCCUCAGCUGUUCAGUUCUGUGCCAGAAAGGUGUCUGCUGUGUCAGGAGAUGCGCGGAAAGCCCUGGACAUCUGCAGGAGAGCGGUUGAAAUGGUCGAGUCUGUUGAGCGGUCGAAGAAGUCUUCGGACUCCGCUGCCGACACCAAAGGUGUGCGCGUGAGCGUGCCGCAGGUGGCCCGGGUGCUGUCGGAGGUGUACGGCGACCGCAUGGCCAGCGGCGGGGGCAGUGGAGCGGACGGAGAGAGCUUCCCCCUCCAGCAGAAACUCCUGGUCUGCUGUCUGCUGCUGCUCACGCGCAGUGGCAAGAGCCGAGAGAUCCCCCUGGGCAAGCUGUCGGAGGCGUACGCCAAGCUGUGUGUCCAGAGGCAGGUGGGGGGUGUGGGGCAGGGCGAGUGCCUCUCCCUCUGCAGCCUGCUGGAGAGCCGCGGCAUCUUUGCCCUCAAGAAGGCCAAGGAGGCCCGCCUCACCAAGGUGUCUCUAAAGAUCGAGGAGAAGGAUGUUGAAAACGCUCUGAAAGACCGUGCUCUCCUGGGAAGCAUCUUAACAGCGGGUCUACCCUGAACACACCCCUUACCCAACUGCAUCAAACUCUCCAUCACAUAUUUAUAUUUGUACAGUGUACAUUUUUGUAAAUCCCCACAUUUUUAUUUGUAUAUAUGCUUGUUUGGACAGAUGACUCAUAAGCAGUUGCUGCUAUAGGCCCAUCGCAAAUACAUAGUAUGAGUACCUACUGUAUGGGUGAGUUAUUUUAAGACUGCGCCCUUUGAGGACGAUCAUCGAGUUUUUUAUUUUUAAUUGUCUACCUACUUUUAUUAUAGAGCAUUUCUAAGAAAUUUGAAUUUCAGAAAGUUUUGCCUUUGUUUUUUGACAAACUUUAUAGGUUUGAAUGAAAUGCUUCUCAGGUCAGAACAUUAAUGUUUAUUUUUUUUAACCAGUAUUUUAUUUUUUAAAGUGGUUGAAUGGUGUUUUCCCAUUCUGUAGUAAAUGUACAUUUUGCCUGAUUUAAAUAAAUGUACACAACCUUGAUUCAGACUGGUGAAAUUGUUUAUUUCUUGUGGAGUCCACUGGUCUAAGAGUGCAUUUCAACCAUGGUGGGGUCUUUGUAUAGUCUGGGAAAUAAUGGAAUGAUAUAGUUUUCCAGUUGUGGAAAACUAUGGUAAUUUGUAAAAGUCUGAGAGUCCCGGACCCGGAACUGUUACUGUUUACUGUUAUCACCGAUACUAACCAGUAUUUUCUUUUUUUUUUGUGUCGUGAUGUUUUUCCCAUAUUGUGAAGUGCAGUAAUGUACAUUUUGCCAUAAUGCCAAUUAAAUAAAUGUACGUUUCCGAUGGUGA